AGAGAUGAACUAACCAAAGAAAAUUGACGUAUAGAAAUAGUAAACAGAAACCACAAAAUAUCUUCUCAGGGAACUGUGGAAUUCAAGAAAACUUGGUUCUAAAUAUAAGACCAUCCCAUGUAAAUUUUCGAUGUGAAAUCUCUACUUUUGUAUAUUCCUGACUUUGCAAGAUGCCGCCAAUCAAGUUAUCAAGUUCCGCAGUAGAUGUUAGUGACAAUGAAAUGUCUGGCAAUGAAUCUGAGCGGUCAAAUUCAAGCCGUGAAAAUGAUGGUGCCCACGAAUCCACUGAAGACGAACCAGAUUCAGAUGACAGUUCUGAAAUGGAUGAAAGUGAAUGCGAAAGUAGAAGAAACUCCUUAUUGCAGCAUGUUCAGGAUUUAGAAUCUCAAUUUGGACUUCUUCGUGAGCAACUCUAUAGAGAACGAAUGAGUCAGGUUGAACUUCAACUUGCUGAGGUAAAAACUGGAAAGUCCCCAGAAUACUUGGUAGCCUUAUCAGAACUGCAGGAGAAUAUGCGAGUUCGUACUGAAGUUGCUGGUAUUCUGAGACAAAUGAGAUUGGAAAAUAUUGCCAACCAAUAUGCAGCCGAAGAGCAGGCUGCUUUACAAAAUUUUGAAAGUGAAAAAUCAUUGGCUUGUGAUUAUUACUAUAGUGAACUGAUGGAUACUAUAAGGCGAUUGGAAGAAGACAGACAUAACAGUGAAAUCAGCUGGGGAGAAGGUGGAGAAUGGUGUUCAAGAUCUCGAUCGCGUUCUAGAAGAAAAGCUGUAACUGUGUCAGGACCUUAUAUUGUGUAUAUGUUGAAGCCCCAAGAUAUAAUAGAAGAUUGGACCAUUAUUCGAAAAACAUUAAAAAGAACAUCCUGACAAACAGAUUUCCCAGAAUUUUUUGAAACUCCACAAUGGCUGAAAAAGUGUUAGUUUAGGAACAUUGUUUAUUAUGUUAAGGUUGACUAGCUUUUAAGAAUUGACAAGUGAAAUUAUAUUUAUGAUGAAACUC